UUCAUUUUCUUUUUCCUUCCUUUUCUCUUUCGGCCAACAGCCUUCCUUCCUUCUUUCUUUAUCUAAUCGCUUUCUUCUCUCCAUCCAAUUUAGAACAAAGAUAAGAUAGAAUGAGCGUGACUGUGAGAGAAAGAAGGAAAGGGAAAAUCUGAUAGAGAGAGAGAGAUACCUACGGAGAGAGAGUGAGACCGUAAGAAAGAGGGAACCGAAACCCAUUCUCUUCCUUCCCUCUUUUUUUCUGCACUUCGUACCUUUCCCUUUCUCCUCUUCAAUGAACGAGAGAGAGAGAGAGAGAGAGAGAGAGACGGACUGAGUGAGAUUCGGAGGAAUCAGUGGGUUCGGCUGGAUGAAUCGACUAGGUUCUUCAAAGAGUGGAACAACAAGAUGAUUUAUUAACAGUUAAAGGACUACUCUUAGCUGCAGGCUAGAGAGGAAAAGUGACAAACCUAGCCUUAUCGUGUUGGGGGUGUUACAAACAACAACAAUAGAGAUUUUGCUACAAACUCAGUACUGCAUGGGAGAGCCAAACACCAGCUCCAGCCAUGGCGCUGCCAAGUCUACCUACAGAGGAGUGCACAAGCGAAAAGGGGGCAAAUGGGUGUCUGAAAUUCGCGAGCCCCGCAAGAGAGGCAGAAUUUUGCUGGGGAUGUUUGAGACGCCUGAAAUGGCUGCUGCUGCUUCUGAUGUUGCUUAUUUACACUUUCGAGGACGUGACGCACACCUCAAUUUUCCUGAAUUGAUCAAUAGCCUGCCGCGCCCAGCAAGUUCGGAUGCCAAAGACAUUCAGGUGGCGGCUCAUCAGGCGGCGUUACGGCUGCGAUGCCCAGCAGGAUCGGGUGAGGGCGGCGGUUCCGGGUUGAACAUGGUGCCGGUCACGGUGAGGCUGUCGCCGGUCACGGUCUCGCCGAGCCAAAUUGAGGCCAUCAACGACGGGUUGGGGGUGUUACAAACAACAACAACAGAGAUUUUGCUACAAACUCAGUACUGCAUGGGAGAGCCAAACACCAGCUCCAGUGGCGCUGCCAAGUCUACCUAUAGAGGAGUGCGCAAGCAAGAAGGGGGUAAAUGGAUGUCUGAAAUUCGCAAGCCCGGCAAGAGAAGCAGAAUUUGGCUGGGGAUGUUUGAGACGCCUGAAAUGGCUGCUGCUGCUUAUGAUGUUGCUAUUUUACACUUUCGAGGACGUGACGCACACCUCAAUUUUCCUGAAUUGGUCAAUAGCCUUCCGCACCCUGCAAGUUCGGACGCCAAAGACAUUCGCGUGGCGGCUCAUGAGGCGGCGUUACGGCUACGAUGCCUGGCAGGAUCGGGUGAGGAUGGCGGUUCCGGGUUGAACAUGGUGCCAGUCACAAUGAGGCUGUCGCCGAGCCAAAUUGAGGCCAUCAACGAAGUCCCGUCACUACAAGAAUAAGGAGAAUUAGGUCCUUUUUUUUCAUGCCUUUCGAUCAAAGUUGUAGAUUAACCACCUUUUUUAAUAAAAUGACUGUAUACACUUUAAAUAAAUGACUCUAAAAGCAAGAAGUAUUGUGUCAUUUUGAAUAGAAAGUUUAGAAAGGUAUGUGCUCUCUACUUCCUCUGUUUUACCAGCUAUGUGGAAGAAAAUUUGGAAUAUUCAAGGUUCACGUGUGGUUAAAAUUUUCCUUUGGAAAACUUGUAAUAAUAUUUUGCCUACUAAGGAAAAUUAAUUUCAUAAGGGAAUUGUCUCU